GGGCGGCGGGCCGGCCCGAGGGCGCCUCCUCCUGGCCGCGCUGGUGCUCCUGUGGGCGCAGGGGGCCCGGGGCCAGGGCAGACCCCAGCGGGGCGCGAUCCUGGGCAUGAGGCUGGCGAGCUGCAACAAGUCGUGUGGGGUGGACACGGAUGGCAUCAUCUUCGUGUCCGAGGGCAGCGCGGUGAAUCUGAGGCUGUACGGCCAGAGCCUGAGCGACAUGUCUAGCAACCUGAUCUCCUUCACCGAGGUGGACGACGCCGAGAACGCCCACAACUCCACCACCUGCCCAGAGCUCACCAAGGACCUGGUCGUCCGGCGGCUGGUCAACGUGAGUCGCGGGAACACGUCCGGGCUGCUCGAGGUGUUCACCAAGUUCCUGCGGAGGAGCGAGAACAAGAAGCUGUACGCGCUCUGCACCCGGGCUCAGGCCGAUGGGCCCUGGGUCAGGUGGGCCGACAAGGACUCGCUGCUCAUCAUGAGGGAGGAGCAAGGGAAGCUCUUGCCCUUCUGGCUGCACAUCCUCCUGGUCAUGGUGUUGCUGGUGCUGUCGGGCAUAUUCUCGGGCCUGAACCUGGGGCUCAUGGCCCUGGACCCCAUGGAGCUUCGCAUAGUGCAGAACUGUGGCACUGAAAAGGAGAGGAAGUAUGCCCGCAAGAUCUUGCCCAUCCGGCGCAAGGGCAACUACCUCCUCUGCUCCCUGCUGCUGGGGAAUGUGCUAGUCAACACCUCCCUCACCAUCCUCUUGGACAACCUCAUCGGGUCCGGCCUCAUGGCGGUGGCCUCCUCCACCAUUGGCAUUGUCAUUUUUGGGGAGAUCGUACCGCAGGCGCUGUGCUCCCGACACGGGCUGGCUGUGGGUGCCAACACCAUAGUCCUCACCAAAUUCUUCAUGCUGCUCACCUUCCCCCUCAGUUUCCCCAUCAGCAAGCUCCUGGAUUUUGUCCUGGGCCAGGAGAUCCGCACUGUGUACAAUCGGGAGAAGUUGAUGGAGAUGUUGAAGGUGACAGAGCCCUACAAUGACCUGGUAAAAGAGGAGCUGAAUAUGAUCCAGGGGGCCUUGGAACUAAGGACCAAAACGGUGGAGGAUAUCAUGACCCAGCUUCAUGACUGCUUCAUGAUCCGCAACGAUGCCAUCCUGGACUUCAACACCAUGUCGGAGAUCAUGGAGAGCGGCUACACGCGCAUUCCUGUGUUCGAAGGCGAGCGCUCCAACAUCGUGGAUAUCCUGUACGUCAAAGACUUGGCCUUCGUGGACCCUGAUGACUGCACCCCCCUCAAGACCAUCACCCGCUUCUACAACCACCCGGUGCACUUCGUCUUCCACGACACCAAGCUGGACGCCAUGCUGGAGGAGUUUAAGAAGGGGAAGUCGCACCUGGCCAUCGUGCAGAAGGUGAACAACGAGGGCGAGGGCGACCCCUUCUACGAGGUGCUGGGCCUGGUCACCCUGGAGGACGUCAUCGAGGAGAUCAUCAAGUGCGAGAUCCUGGACGAGUCAGACAUGUACACUGACAACAGAAGUCGGAAACGGGUGUCUUCCAACAAGAACAAGCGUGACUUCUCUGCCUUCAAGGACGCUGACAAUGAACUCAAGGUCAAAAUUUCCCCCCAGCUCCUCCUGGCCGCUCACCGCUUCCUGUCCACAGAGGUGCCCCAGUUCAGCCCCUCGCUGAUGUCGGAGAAGAUCCUGCUGCGGCUGCUCAAGUACCCCGACGUCAUUCAGGAGCUGAAGUUCGACGAGCACAACAAAUAUUGCGCACGGCAUUACCUGUACACGCGGAACAAGCCGGCCGACUACUUCGUGCUCAUCCUGCAGGGCAAGGUGGAAGUGGAGGCGGGGAAGGAGAACAUGAAGUUCGAGACCGGUGCCUUCUCCUACUACGGGACCAUGGCCCUGUCCUCAGCACCCCCGGCGCCUCCCACCCAGGUCGGGUGUCCGCCUGGCAAGCGGAACUCCCUGCUGUCCUGGCUCGCAGUGUGGCUGGGAUCUGUGUGUCCCUGUGAAGCAGGGAGGGCAGAUGGAGGUGCAGCCCCAGAGACAAGGCCCUACUCCUCCUGUCUCAGUCUCCUUCCCCGGAGUCAACACUGGACGGACCCGCCUCAUAGCACCGUGGGGAGCAACCGCUCCCCGGCCCAUCCCACCUCGCUCAGCCGCUCAGCCUCCCUCAGCUACCCCGACCAUGGCACUGACACGUCCCCUACCACCGCGCUGACGGGCAGCAGCAACCAGCUGACUACCUGUGUCCUGGGCCAGUACGUCUCCGACUUCAGUGUCCGGGCACUCACAGACCUGCAGUACAUCAAGAUCACUCGGCAGCAGUAUCAGAACGGGCUGCUGGCCUCCCGCAUGGAGAACAGCCCUCAGUUUCCCCUGGACGGCUGCACCUCGUGCGUGGAGAACUCCUCCGAGAAGCCUGAGCUGCCCAUGGUGGAUGAGACCACGACUCUUCUCAACGAACGCAAUUCCUUGCUACACAGAGCCUCUCCGGACAACGCCGUCUGACAGGAGGGCCCGGGGCCCCCCGCCAGCCCCGUGGGGGCCUCCCAGCGGGCCCACAUCAAGAGGGAACUUGUCAGGCUAGAAGGGGUGCAGCUAGAAGUCCUGUGACUGAACAGCUGACGGCCCCUGCAGGAACCUCCAGAUGGCUUGGAGGUGGCGGCUGCCCAGCCCCGGGCCAGUGUGGCCGUGGGACAGCUCCGUGAGCAAAGGCUGUUUUUCAGAGACAAUUUCUAACCUGGGCGCAUUGCUCCUCUUUUUAAGUAUCAUUUUGGGAAGGGAAGACAGGGUUAAGGAACUUUAUGUAAGAUAAUUUUUUUCCAAAACAAACUUCAGAAGGGGGAGCAUUCCUCACUCCAGGAAGCAAUAGCCAUAAUUUGCUCUCAGCUACGACCCUGCAGCCUGUGUCCCCGCCUGGGAGCCCACCCUUCUGCAGCAGGGCCCGGUGCCCGAGGGGGCAGCUGGCUCCUGGGAGGAGGCCAGGGACCACAUGGCAUCACCAAGGCCUGGGUAGCUGUGAUCAGGGACUGAGAACCCUCUAGACCAAGAAGCUCCCAGAAGCCUGCACUGACCCCCUGGGGAGCCCCUGCCCAUUGCCCCUCUGGACUCACAUGUCAAGCAGGGUCUCUGGUUACCUUCUCCCCACGCCCUGCCCUCACUGUACCAAAGCCGUCCCCCUCCAAGGGGAGGGCGUCGGGAUCGGGGUGACCUGUCUGGGGUACGCCUUGCGGUUUCUGGGAUGAAUUUGGUUGUAGGCGUCUGCACUGUUAGCAGCUGCUGCUGCCCGCUUCACCCACCCCCACAAGGAGCUGAGGCUCGAUGGAGCCACGGAGCCGCACACAGACCCCCUGGUCCUUAGCCAAGCCCCAGUCCCUCCUGAGGGCUGGGGAUGGGAGGACAUGUUAGAAGCCACCUCAGCCCGCCCUUUUCACCCCUUUUCCUCGGUGGCGGCCAGAAGCACAACUGAGCUCCUAACCCUCUUCAUGGAGCCCGGGAAAGGAGGGCUCCAGACAGAGGGGUGCAGCCGGUGUGCCAUGACCCCAGGGUGAAGCCGGGUGGAAAAUGCACCCCACUCCGCCUGAGUAAAAUCUUCUCCAGGUACCUUUGUCUGCACUUACGGAGGCUCACUGUGGGGCGCCAGGCUUGUGCUAUAGGGCGCUGGGGUGCAGCCCAGGCCAGGGGGAUCCUGUGGGCUUCUGCCCAAGUGGCUCCUUUCCUCAGCCAGGGGAGUCCUGUCACCCCAAGAGCUCUGCUCUCCAGGUGCCCAGAGAACCCUGACUCCUGGGACAGGGGAUGCCUGAGUACGCCUGCCCUUGGCCAGACCAGCUGAGACCCUGGAGAGCAGGGGAUGGUGCCGUGCAUGCUCGCGCACCAGGAAGUGACAGCAGCCGAGAUCCCUCAGGAAGCCUUCGCUUUCCACAAGAGCAACUUCUUCUGAGUCCCACAGGAGCUGGCGGGGCCGUAGUCCUGAGAGUCCUGAGUGCCUGGUGGAACCCACGCCGGUCCGAACCUGGUGGGUGUGUGAGGCAGAGGAGCAGGCGUGCACACUCCCACAGCUACCUCUUUGCACACGCAUUCACUACCAACGGACAGUCCCGCCUCCUCCCUCCCCCACUUAGAAUCACUUCUUCCAGAGGGUCAUGAUUAUUUCCAAAUAUUACUGGUCCAAUGACUUACUCCUCUCAGUACAGUUCACUUCCUGUUCCAACCUUGGGUUCCUGGGCUGAGCCGUACCCUGGACCUGGCCCGCUGCUCGUGUCUUCCUGGCUAAGGGGGACCUUUGUAAAUGGCAUCCGAAUGGGUAGGCAAGUCACAGCCACCGGAGCAAAUGACUCCUAUUUAUUUUGCAUAGGAUUUUAAUUUGUAUAUUUUUGUGAUUUAUUUUGGCAUUGUUAUGAGUUUGACUCUCGGGGAGUUUUCUUGUUAUGACUCUUGUGUCUUUUGUCACAAAACAAUGAUAAUAUUUGCUAAACAAUACAUGGAAUUUAUUUUUGAUUGGUAAUAAAAAAUGAAAUAUGUAUAAA